AUGUCAAAAGUCCCAGCUAUUUACCAAUUAGGCCAUUUGCCUAUCAAGGACCACGUCUUUUCACCCGAUCGUACUAUUUUGGCAAUCACUAAAGAAAACUUGGUCGAAAUUUACAAGAUUGACCCCAACAACUUAUCAGUCAAACCAAAGUUAGUUGCUCAAUUGCGUGACCAUGAUAAAACUGUCACCUCAGUUGACAUUUCACCUGAUGGAUCUAGGAUUUUGACCUGUUCGCAAGACAGAAACGCAUCAGUGUGGGAAUACGAGAAUGGCGAAUUCAAGCCAACAUUGGUAUUGUUGCGUAUCAAUAGAGCCGCUACUGUUUGUAGAUGGUCCCCUGAUGGACAAAAAUUCGCUGUUGGGUCUGGUGAUAGGGUGAUUGCAGUUUGCUAUUACGAGCAAGAGAAUGAUUGGUGGGUAUCGAAGCACUUGAAAAAACCAAUUAAAUCCACCAUCACCACUAUUGAUUGGCAUCCCAAUGGAGUGUUGUUGGCCAGUGGAUCGACCGAUGGUCAUAUCAGAGUAUUUAGUGGAUACAUCAAAGGCAUCGACGCUAAGCCUGAACCUAGUGUGUGGGGAACCAAAUUACCCUUCCAAACGUUGUGUGGCGACUUUACCAAUGAAACAAAUGCCUGGGUGCAUGGGGUUAAGUUUAGCCCUGAUGGAAAUGCAUUGGCUUGGGUCUCUCAUGACUCUUCAAUUGGUGUUGUUUACCCACAAGGCGAAGGACUUGAGCCAAAAUCUAUUUUGAAUAUCAAGACAAACUAUUUGCCAUUCAAGUCCAUUGUAUGGAUUUCGGAUAGCUCAGUCGUCGCUGGUGGGUUCAACUGCAACUUGGUUGUAUUCAAAGGCAAUGAACAAAAUUGGCAAGAAGCUUAUCAAAUUGAAGAGCAAAAAGAUUUGACUAAGGAACCACCAAAGGUCAAUGCUGACGAUGAUGAUGAAGAAAUUUCUUCACACCAAGCUUUGAAUAUGUUUAAGCAAAUGGACUUGAAAGGAAGAUCUAGUAAGCCAAGUGCCGGACAUGGCAAAGCUGCCAAAGCGUUAACCACGGUUCACCAAAAUACCAUUGUCAGUAUUAAAAACUUUGCCGAUGGAAAAGUAUCAACGUCAGGUAUUGACGGUAAAGUAGUCAUCUUUAAUGUAUAG